AUGUCUACUAACAUUAGUAACACCUGUAACCAAAAUUUUAUAGAUGAGGGAAAACAUGAUAGAGAUAAUGUAAUAAAGGAGAGAUAUAAUGAGAGUAACAGUACGAGCGAUAAUAAUGAAAAGAGUUCGUUAAUACAAGUGUUACACAGCUAUGAUGAUUUUCAAAAAAAAAAUAUGAAUUAUGGAAAAAUAAAUCCUUAUAAAAGAAGAGAAACGCAAUUAGGUAAAAUGAGGAAAACGUUAGUAAGACUAUUUUCAAUUAGUGACUUAGAAAUUCAUAAAGAAAAUGAUGAUAGUGAAAAGAACAAAAAAAAGAAGAAAGUAGAUACUACAAAUUUUCUUACUAGUAGAGCAGCAAUGUGGAAUGAAGUCGAAAAAAAUGAUGACCCUACUUAUGAUUUAAAACUAGAAAGCUCUAAGAAUAAAUCCUUUAUAGAAACUAUAUUAAAUUAUAUAUGUUUAUUAAUAAAUGAUACUUUAAAUGAUAAAAAAGGAAUGACAUAUAUAGCUAGUUUUAUGAUUAUUUUAUCUGUUAUAAUUACUUUUAUAUCCGGUUUGAUUACUCUAUUCAUGAAUACAAGAGUAGAGCAAAAAAGUAAUUGGAAAUUAAACACGUCCAAAAAUAAUUAUGACGAUAUAAAUAAGUUUAUGAAUUAUAUAAAAGUAGGAGAUGAAGAUGUUAAUAACAACGAUUUUAAACUACAAGCAUUAUUAGAACAGUUUAAAAAUAGCAUCCAUGAAAGCAUGAAAGAAAGCAUGAGAGAAAGUAUGAAAGAAAAUGUAAAAGAAAGUAUGAAAGAAAGUAUGAAAGAAAGCACGAAUUUGAACUAUAAGAAUAAAAAUGAAAAUACUACAUUAUAUGAACUAAAUGAAAAUUUACAAAAUAAACUAAAAGAAUUAGAAAAAAAACUAAUAAUUAAUACUAAAGAUAUAGAUAAUUUUAAAACCAAUUCUAAAAUAGAAUUAGAAAAUUUAAAAAAAAAAUUACAAGAGAUUUAUGAAUCUUUUCAAAAUAAGUUUAAGGAUUAUGUAAAUACUAUGGAUACUAUCAAAAAAGAUAUGAAUAAAAAAAACUCCUAUAUAUAUGACGUGGAAAGGAAAAUAAACAAAAACCAAAUAGACAUAAAAAAGGACGUUUCUCAUAAGGUAGAAAAUGAAAAAAAAGAAUUACUUGAAACCAUAAAUGAAUUACAAAAAAAAAUAAAAGGGAUAGAAUCUAAGUUAUCCACUCAGGUGUUCGCGAAGGGUAGAACGGCGGAUAAAAAGAUAGACAAGGAGAUGGAAGCAACGCCGGACAAAGAGAAGUCAGAAAAUGCGGAUAAACCGAAGGCAGUAACAACGGACAAAGCGAAACGUAAAAAUGAAGAACAAGAGGGAAGUCAAAACGAAACUGCUGAUUCCCUUUGGAUAUCUGAACAUAUAAAUACCAUGCAAAAUAUACAGAAAGAAUUGGCUAUACUAAAGGAAAGCGCAAAAAAAUCCUCUACUUCCGUAGAUGUUAUAUUUCCAUCAAUUGAACAAAAAAUAUUAAAGAAUGUAGAAAACAAAAUUAAGUAUUAUUUAGAAAUAUAUAAAAAAGAUAUCAUAAGUGAAAUUACUGAAUCAAAAGUAAUAUAUAAUGAAGACAAAUACAAAAGAAUGACACAAAAGCAAGAAAAAAUGCAAUUGGAGUUAUUAAAAACCAUUAACAGUCAAAUAAAGAUACAAACGAAAAGUAUCAAAGAAGAUUUAGACAAAUCCCUAGAAAUUAUAAUAGAGAAAAAACAACUAAAAAAUGAUACUGAAUAUACUCCUAAAAAUGGUGUAGCAAAUUAUGAUUCAUUAGAAAUUUUACAUAAAAAAGUAGAUGAAUUAUAUAAUGAAUUUAUAUUAGAUUACAAUGAAAUAGAUUGGGCUUUAGAAUCAUUAGGAGCAAGAAUUGUAUAUAAAAUGACAAGUUCCCCUCUAAAUAGAAAUGACUUUAUAGAAAAGUUUUUAAAUCACCUUGCAUCCUUUUUACCAUCAGAAGAAAUUUAUGGAAUGAUCAAACCAAUGGGUAAGGAUCCGUCUAUCAUUUUGAAGCCAUCAAAUUUUCCUGGUGAUUGUUUUUCUUUUAACGGAAGUAAAGGAAAAAUAACAAUACAUCUUCCAGCUACUAUUGAUGUAACAUCUAUUUCAAUUCAACAUGUCCAUGAAAAUAUUAGUAAUAAUUCAAAUGCAACACCAAAAUAUUUUUCCGUAUAUGGUAUUGUUGAUUUAAAUUGGCCUGAACAAUUUGAGCAUAAUGACAUUAAUUAUGACGACUUUAAAAAUAGCUCUUUAUAUUCUUGUUUGCAUUCAGUUUACGGAAAAAUGCAGUCAAAGUAUAUUUUAGAAAAAUGGUUAAAAGAUAAUAAAACCCCCAAUCUUAUACAUAUAGGUGAUUUUUACUUUGACCGAAAAAAAAGAAUAUCCAGUUACCCUACCAAACACUGUUUUCCUAUAAAGAGAAUAAUUUUUGAAUUCACAGAAAAUUAUGGUGCUCCCUACACUUGUGUGUACAGACUAAAGGUUCAUGGCAAAAAAUGCGUACGGAAAUAUAAGUAA